AUGUCGCUAUCCGUGGGCAGACCAUGGGGGGUACUCGGGGCCCCCGCACCACUCUCAACACCCCGCGGUGCCUGGAUCAGGCCAUGGAACUGUGUCGUCAUUGAGAUCCAGUACAACCGCUAUAACGGGAGGGUCAUAAAACUCAGCUCAAGCUCCUCUUGCCAGAGCACCCGUCACUGCUACCAACUCAACACCAACCCAUUGACCCACGCCCACGUCGCUACAUCGAUCAUGAAGGUCAUUCUCGCCAUCAACGCUGGCUCCAGCUCGGUCAAGAUCUCCGUUUAUACUGCAGAUAAGGAUACAGAACCUCAGCAAAUUGCAGAAGCAUCGAUUGGUGGCUUGACUGCCCCGCCAGCAGCGCUUGCAUAUACACGUCGUGGUGAGAAAGUGUUCAAGGCCAAGGAGAUAUCUGAAAGCGUUAAGAAUCAGGAGGACGCCUUUGAUCUGCUUCUCAAGACUUUCAUCGACGAUGAAGAACUUAGGGAGAUUGCAUCAAAAAAGGAUAUCGCCAUCGCCAGCCAUCGCAUUGUCCAUGGCGGCGAUUACGACCGGUCUCAGGUAAUCACUCAAGACACAUAUCAUCAUCUUGAAGAACUAAGCGACCUCGCACCACUUCACAACGGUGUUGCUUUAAGUAUCGUCGAUACGUGUAUCAGCGCGCUACCUGACACCGUCAACGUCGCCUGUUUCGACUCUCAAUUUCACACAACCCUACCUCCGCACAUCUUUACCUAUCCUAUUGACCCUAAGAUCGCAAAGAGCAACCGCUUGCGAAAAUACGGAUUUCACGGGAUCAGUUAUGCCUUCAUCACUCGAUCCGUCGCGCAAUAUCUUGAGAAGGAUGCGAGCAGCUUAAACAUCAUCGCUCUGCACCUUGGAAGUGGUGCAAGCGCAUGUGCCAUCAAGGGUGGCAAGAGCUGGGACACGAGUAUGGGGCUUACGCCUUUGGCGGGCCUUCCCGGUGCCACUCGAAGUGGUAGUGUUGAUCCAAGUCUCGUCUUCCAUUAUGCCUCCGAUGUGGGGAAACUGUCUCCUGCAUCCACCAAACACCUUCACAUCUCACGAGCUGAAGAGAUUCUCAACAAGGAGAGUGGUUGGAAGUCCAUGACUGGCACGACAGAUUUCGGUGCUGUUGCCGAUUCAGACGACCCCACUCACCGGCUGGCCUUUGACAUCUUCGUGGAUCGCAUUGCCGGUUUUCUCGGCUCCUACUUUGUAUCCCUCGAGGGCAAGGUCGAUGCUCUGGUCUUCGCUGGUGGCAUUGGUGAGCACAGCGCUAAGCUCAGAUCCGCCGUUGUAGACCGAGUAGCCUGUCUGGGCUUUGCCCUUGACAAAGCUAGCAACCAACAGCCCAUUAAGGAUGUGGUUCAGGAGCUCGGCAGACGGGAUGCUUCGCAUCGCGUGCUGGUCUGCCAGACAGACGAGCAGCUGGAGAUGGCCAGAUUAUGUGCCGAGAAGAAGGAUCUGUGGGAGUGA